GAGCAAAAUCCAAUGGAGUAAAAGUUUGACUCUUUGGCUAGCAGAGAAAGUUUUCUAGUCUGUGUGGGUGAAGGUUUCCAAAGGAGAUUAUCUUUGAUCCAGCUGCAGUCAUGGAGAAUAACCUUGAUUUUAGCAGUCAACAAGUCCUUUGCAAAGAUGUUGAGCUUGGGAAAGAAAAAGAGAAAAAGGUCAGGCAUCGCCGUUACCAAUGUGCUGCCAUAAUUCUGAGUGUGGUGUUCCUGAUAUCGGCACUGAGCAUCUUUAGCCUGGGAUAUUUAUGGAGCGCGAGCCCUCCGAAGGUGUAUGAUCAUCAAUAUAAAGCUGUACUGGAUGGAAUGGAGACUGAAGGCAUGAUGGAAAUCCAUCCAGCUGAACGCUUCGAGAUGUUUAAGAUGGGAAAUGGCACCGACGAGGUCCUAGAGGUGCACGACUUUAAGAACGGCAUAAUGGGAAUCCGCUUUGCCAAGCACCAAAGAUGCUACAUCAGGGCUCAGACUAAAGAAAUACCCAAGCCGGCUGAAGUGGACACAAAGGCUAUCAAUGUAGAGGUGGGUGAGGUGAGCGAGGUAGAUAUGCAGGUGGUGGACUCACAGAUAUGGAUCCCCGCCGAGGAACCCAUCUCCAAUCGAACAUUUCUGCUCAAUUCCAAAAUCUGGGAGGUUUGCCAGGAGUUACCCAUGCACUGGAUCCAUCCAUCUCCUCUCAGAGAUGCUGAUUUUCAUGAUGUAGAAGAUGUUGAGGAGCUGGAGGCAAGAGGACCACGUCAGACCAGAGAUGUCAUGGACGAGCUACCAGUAAACGACUAUAGAGAAAUUGGGUUGGAGCUGGACAACAGCCUAGACGAGCAGGGCUACUGCUGCCAGUACUGUCGACGCGGGUACCGUUACUGCCGGCGAUAUUACGAGCCCCUGGGUGGCUUUUGGCCAUAUCCCUACUAUUACCAGGGAGGACGGGUCAUCUGUCAGAUUGUCAUGCCUUGCAACUGGUGGAUAGCAAGGAUGCUGGGACGAAUCUGAGGAAGAGAGUCUGAAUGAAUGGUGCUACUUAUACUGCUCAGGAGAAUGCAGUUUUAUUUGUGUGAAACAUCACAUAUGGGUGAUUCUCACGAAAUCCAGACUUAGAAGGUGUCCAGCAUCAGAUUGUUUUUAAAAAGCCCUUGAAGCCGAUUUUUUUUUUUGCACCUAUAAGAUUAAGGUCUGAAUUUACUAGAACCAUUAUUUUAAGAGGAUUUAAAAAAUAUUUCCUAUAGAAUUAUUUACAUUUUUUAGAUUAUCAUUAUCAAAAAUGAUCAUUACCGCAACAUGAUAUUACAUUAAAUAUAUGCAUUUACAAACUCAUGUUUCGGUAAUGUCCCAUAAAAAGUUGUCUAGGUACUAUGACAAACAAACUUCAACUUUUAUCUGGAGAGAAAAAAUAAGAACUGCUUACCUGGUAGCCAUCUUGAGUGUCACAGUCAAUUAUGUCCCUUCCAACUAUUUUUUAAAAAACUGUUAGUUCCUUGAGGGCUUAAACAAUGAUUGAAAAUUGUUGCGGAGGAUGAGAACAUUUUUCUUGGACACAUUUAUAUUCCUUAUUAUAUCUCUACAUUUACCAAUGAUCACCAAAUACCACAUGUUUCUUUACUGUAAAUGCUUAUAGUAUAACAUGCACUGAAGCUUUUUAUUUUUUAGAUUUUUUAAUUUUAAAUAUUUCCAUGUCAAAGAACCCAAAUCCAGUCAUGGACAUGUUGCGGUAAUGAAAAUUUUCCCCUUAAAUGUGGAAAAAAAAUUGGUUUGUAUGAUGUCAUUUGAAAUCAUGUGCAAAAUAGUACGUGAAGAGAUGUUUAUAACUGAUGCUUCUUAUUUUGAUACUCUUACUUUGCAUUUACAUUUUUAUCUAAAUGUUUCACGACACCUCAUAAGUCUAAUUUCGUGAGAAUCACCCAUAUGCUAACAUGUUAUUCUUUAUCUAAAACAUGGUCAUAUAUGGGUAGUUUAUGUAUAAUGUGUCCUUCGCUUUUUAAAUUGAAUAAUCAGCAUUUAUUAUUUUUAGGUCAUGUAACUCUUUAGCCAAGUUUUUUACUAUGUUCAUCCAGUUUUAACAUCGCUAGCUAAUUAUAUAUGCAGUAUGACCAUUUUUUUUAAAGAUAAAUGUACAAAAGUACAACAAAAUGGUGUUUUGAAAUGAUUUUAGUGCAUUAUAGUACAGAUUUUAGUGCAUUAUAGUACAGCAUACUGCAAAUGUCAUGACAUAUAAUUUUCUUUUAUAUGCUGCUGCAUUCUGUUUUCAUUUGCUUGUUUGGUAAGUAAUCUUGAUCUACCCUGUCAGAAAAAAAUUGUCUAAAUAUUUACCCCAGCUGUCGCUGGGGCUUGUACAAUUUUAAAAAGUACAGCAUUGCACCUACUGUAAAGAGCUCAUUUUAUUAUAAUGAAAGGUAUAUAUUAGAACCAAAUGUAUACAAAUCUGUAUUUAAUGGUACAUAUUAGGACCUUUACAAUUUUUUGCGGUAACAGUUGGGGUACAUAUAUUGACUAAUAUUUCUAACAGUGUACCAUGAUCCUAAAAUGCAAAACAGUCAGUUCUGUACAAUCCAUGCAGGCCAAACAUUAUCACUCAGUAAACAGAAAAUUAAUUGUUUUAAUUUCAUUUUGCGUGUGUUGUUGUGCAUGUCAAGGCCCUUUCUGAGGGUUCUUUAUCUAGUCUUAUAUAAUACAAGUGGAUGCGAGGCAUUGGAAACCAUAAGUGAGUUUAUGUUGCAUGUUUAUGUUAAGAAAUAUUAUUUUAAUUGUAUUUAGGCUGAAAUAUGACUGCCUGGUUUUUACAUCCACAAAGUCCCCGUAGAACUUUGAAAAUAUGCAUCUUAAAAGCUGUUUUGUAGAACAGAAGAUCACAGAUCACACAGCUACAUUUAAGUGGUGACAUUGCUAACACCAUAAUUGCACAUUUAAGAUUUUCAAUCAGUUCUCUAACCAUAUGCUUUAUAAAAUUAAUUUGUGUAGUCUUUACACAUCUUUGUUUUUCUUCCUUGUGAAUAAAGUGUUAGUAAAAGUUU